UGUGUGUGUGUGUGUGUGUGUGUGUGUGUGUGUGUGUGUGUGUGUGUGUGUCAGCCGGCUCCCUGGUGGAGGGCGGGGCUCUGAAGGUGAACCCUCACCUGCAGGUUGAAGGCUUCUCCAACGUCUUCGCUGUGGGCGACUGCACCGACAUCAAAGAGCCGAAGACAGCGUACAAUGCCAUGCUGCACGCUGACAUCGCCGUUAGCAACAUCAAGAACAUCCUGAGCGGGAAGGAGCUGACCUCGUAUCAGACAGGCAGCCUCACCAUGCUGCUGGCGAUGGGCCCUGACGACGGCGUGGGGCAGUUUAAUGGAUGGCAGCUUCCUCGAUUCCUGGUCACUCUGGGGAAGAGUCGAAAUCUGCUGGUGUGGAAGAGCUGGAGCGAUAUGAAGCAGAGCCAGCCCUGACCCACACACCCACACACACACACACACAGAGAGAGGCGCACACACACACACACACCAUGAUACAUUCCUAAUCUCACAGAAGUUUAAAUAUAUCUUUGUUUACAUUUUCCUCACUCACUUACACACAUACAAACACACACACACACAUUUCCAUGGUAUGCUAUAGUAAUCCCACACACACACACACACACACACACACACACACAGUAUAUGAUACAUUCGUGAUCAUAUCUUUAUCUAUAUUUUCUCCAAACUGUGUCUCUGAAAGCUCUUGGUGUUUAAUGUACAACUUUUACAAAGUAAUCAUUUUCCUGAAUAUGUAAUAAAACCAUCUCAAUAAA